UAUAUAACAAGUGUUAGCAAUACUUAUGUAUUGAAUGAGUGAUUGUUUUGUGAAAACUGCAAAAUCAUUGCUUAUUCACUGAUAAACACUUGAAGUUUGCCAUCACUUGAAUUGAUCCAUACUUUUAUCGAUAACACAAUCAUCACAUUGAAAGUGACACAAUGGUUACUACUGGUAGCACUUCCAACACUAAGAAGUCAAAGAAUGAUGAGCAGAAUACGGAAGAUGUGGAGAUGAAGGCCGUGGACAGCGAAUCGCCGACAACGACACAAGCGGUAGACACGGAUCAGGUGACGAUUGAAGAGUUGAAUGAACAGGCCCGACAAAUUGGCAAAUCUGUUUCAUCUAAAGAACCGCGAUUUGUCCUCAGAGUGUUGAGGUCUUUGGCCACAACUCGCAAGAAGUUGAAUGCAAAAGUUCUGCGAAGAAUUAUCAAUGGAUUUUACACGCAUUCAAACAAUCCAAAGGAACCACUUCUUGCUUUUAUUGAAGAACCUAUGGAUACUGAUUCAAGUGGACAGCCGUCAAAGGCAAAGGUGACUAAAUCAGCUCCUCUACCACUUCUUCCCGAAAUUGACAUCUAUUUUCAUCUAUUGGUUCUCUUAUAUCUUUUGGAUUUAGAAAGAUAUACUAAUGCUGUCAAAUGUUCGGAUCUAUUGAUGUCAAAGAUUGUGCGUCAAAACCGUCGCACACUCGACGUAUUGGCCGCCAAAUGCUAUUUCUAUCACAUGAGAUGUUACGAACUAACGGAUCAAUUGAGUAAAGUCAAAGGUUUUUUUCAUCAGAGACUCCGAACUGCAACUCUUCGUAAUGACUUUGAAGGACAGGCCGUACUUUUAAAUUGUCUUUUAAGGACAUAUCUUCACUACAAUCUCUACGAACAGGCAUCCAAACUGGUAUCGAAAUCGGUGUUUCCCGAGUUGGCCCCAAACAACGAAUUCGCUCGUUUUCUCUACUAUUUGGGUAGAAUUAAAGCAAUUCAAUUGGAGUACUCAGAGUCCCGUAAAAACCUACUCCAAGCCAUUCGUAAAGCGCCGCAACUGAAAGCACUUGGAUUUAAACAGAUUGUGCAGAAGUUGGCCAUAACUGUGGAACUCUUGUUGGGUGACAUUCCCGAUAGAGCUUUAUUUCGUGAGCCAACACUUCGUCGAUGUCUUAUUCCAUACUUUCAAUUGACUCAAGCAGUCAGAACUGGUAAUCUUCAGCGAUUUAAUGAAGUACUGGAAAAUUUUGGACCCAAGUUUCAAACGGAUCACACAUUCACUCUUAUUAUACGUUUGAGACACAAUGUCAUCAAAACUGGUAUUCGAAUGAUUAAUCUUUCGUACUCUCGGAUCCAUUUGAAAGAUGUGGCCAACAAACUAAUGCUCGAUAACGCAGAAGACGCUGAAUAUAUUGCAGCAAAAGCUAUCAGAGAUGGAGUGAUUGAAGCGACUCUCGAUCACGAAAAGAGUUUCGUUCAAUCAAAGGAAACAACAGAUGUCUACUGCACUUCGGAACCGUUGGCCGCUUUUCAUCAGAGAAUCACUUUCUGUUUAGACAUACACAACCAGUCCGUCAAAGCUAUGAGAUUCCCUCCGAAGUCAUACAACAAAGACUUGGAGUCUGCGGAGGAGAGACGGGAACGAGAACAACAAGAUCUUGAAUAUGCAAAAGAGAUGGCAGAUGAAGAUGACGAUGGCUUUCCUUAAAGACUAUCCAAAGGAUUGUCAAAAUUGCUUUCAAUUUUAUUUAAAAUCAAUUUAAUUAAUUUAUAAUUAUUAAAUAAAUAUUUG